CGGUUCGUUAUACUUGUUUCAGAUGGCCUAACCUUACAACUUCCUCCACUGCCCACAAUCUUGCCUAAUAAUGACGACAAUAGUGGAACUAGAAUGCUGGUUGAUAUAUCAAUGUAUCGCUACAGAAUGCAGCGAUUGUCUGUGAAACAAUUAUUUUCGAUACCUUCCAAGAAGAUUCUAAAUGUUGAAUUCAAUCAUGACUGAGAGCGCUUUCAAAGCCAGGGAUAUCGGGCUGAGGGCUCAGAAGAAGAUUUUGUCCCGCAUGGCGGGAAAAAACAUCGCCAAGGCCUUUAUCGAUGAUACGACAUCCUCGCUGCUGGACAACUUGUACCGCCUAGCAAAACAAUACUCCAACAAUAAAAAAGAAGCUGAGAAACUGAUCAAGAACAUAAUCAAAGUUGUCAUCAAAUUGGGCGUGCUGCACAGAAACAACAUGCUCUCCGACGAGGAAAUGCAACUGGCCGAGAAAUUCAAAGGGAAAUUCCGCAUAGCCGGGAUGGCCAUCAUAUCCUUCUUCGAGGUGGAUUUCAGCUACGACGCCAACUACAUCGUACGCGCCCUUAGGGAAAGCCAGAAGUGCCUUGAGAGCAUCGUCUCGAAACAUCUCACCGACAAAUCCGUGUCGAGAAUCGACAGCGUGUUCUCCUUUUUCGCGGACGAGCACUUCCUGGACGCGGUGUUCAAGAGAGAGUCAGAGUACAGGGAGGCUCUGGGUAGGGUGGUGGCCGAUCUGAAUAAGGCCAUCGACAACGGGGACCUUUAGUUCUUCUUGCGUCUCUUUCGGCCUGAUCGAAAAGGUCAGUCAUGAUGAUUCCAAAAGUUUUCAAUAAGAAAGAUCGGGAAGAGUGGAAAAUUGUAUACAGUGUGUCUCACUUCUAUUGGAAACACCUCUGUAUCUCACGUAUUCGUUGGGUAAAGAUCCUGAAAUGUGCUGGUGCGAGAGAUAUACCAAAAAUGCACUCUAUGACCAAGUGGGGUCAUAUUCAGUGAUAUACACUGCUCGCCAACAGCCAUGGAACCAACCCGAUUUCCGGAAAAUGAUAUUAGGAGUCAAAAUAUGUUGACAAUCUUUUCGAAUCAUGACGCCCAAUACACUAACUAUUCAUAUUCUUCUGGAAAAAUUUUCAGCUCUGACAAUUUCAUUUUUGUCUCACUUUUCAUGAAAACACCCCCGUAUCUUACGUAAUCGUUGGGUUGGGAUCCUGAAAUUUGCUGGAGCUAGAGAUAUACCAAAAAUAUACUCUAUGACCAAGU